AUGGCACACGGGAAGGGCCUGGUGGGGGCUGGACUCUGUGCUGUGCCAUUUUGCGGUCUGGCUUUUUGGGGGAGAGAGUCGGCGAGGUACAAGCCCCGCUGGUACCCAGGCUGCCAGGCCCCCCCCCAAGACUGGGCUGACGUAUGUGCAGCAAUGCAUGCCCGUCAUUUGAUGGAUUUGGACGGGACGCUCAACAGAACCGAGCGGAGGUCGUACCUUCCUUCCCUACCCAGUAGCGACGUACCCGCGUGCCUGAUGGCGCUCGUACCUUCCACCCGUACCGCUGAUCCGCGCACGCCCCCUCCCGCGCAUCGCACGCCUGCUGGGACGCCCCUGGUACGAUGUACUUGGCCCAGCUGCCCUCUUGCUCGUCAGAUUUGCCUUUGCCCGUCUGAAAUACAUAAGGACGAUUUGCCCUCCUCUCCCCACGGCCUGUCUACUCUCCAGAUCACCAGCAUCAACUUCAGCUUCAGCAUCAAGCAUCAGCUUCAGCCCUCUGCAGUCCAGACUCCAGACCAACCAACUUGCAACAUCUUCUCUAUCAAAGCAUCUGCCUCUUUGAACUUGCCUCUGCACCAACUGCACCGCAGCCUCGCCCGCCCUCUCCGAUCAACCACUUACACGAGACGCCGCCUCUUCCGCCGUCUCGCAUCAACAUCCAAGGCUUCGCAGCUUCUACAACAACAACAACCACAAUGCCUGCUCAGCGACCUUCUCACCUUCCUCCCUGCCCGGGCCCCCCGCCCAGCCGACCUCUGCCUCCUCUGCCCAAAUGAGAGCCGCCGCCCUGAGGAUCAAACAUCUACUACACAACGGCUACUCGUCUACUUGGCUGAGCGUCCCUCUUCGUCAAUGGUUUCCCCGGAUCUGAUACACGGCUUUACAACGGGCUUUGGCUUCUGACCGCCAAGGUCCAUGGCGCGGCAAAUCGAUGCCUCUCCACCCCAACCGAGCGCAUCAAUCUGCCAUGCGAAGCGGAUCGGAGCUGCACGUCACCACUUGCGCUGCGACUCCGUGCUACUACACACAGCACACAUUCUUCCAAACCGCUGCGGGGCUGGGCAUGGCAUGAGUCUUCAUGCGGCCUGCUCCCUCUUCCCCGAGCUUGGGACAUGGGGACCUGCAUCUCCUACAGUUUCUCCUCCUUUGGGGGUCAUCUGCUUCAACCCCAUGGCCGAGACGCGGUGACACCCACCCCCACCGAGCUCGGCUGUCUCUUGGGCGUGUCGACCUCGAAUCGCCAACCCUGCUCUCAACGGCUCUUCUGAAUCAAUCGACAGUGACACCGUCAUAGCCGCCAGCACUCGAGGAAGACCGCCCCACCAGCUCUCUCAAACCGCCUGGCCACAUGACAGGCUUGCGCGGUUAUCACCUCUCUCCUCUCUUCACUCCGCACCGUCUUCGCUGGCUCGAGCGGGUACUUGCACCUUUGUUUCCAUCAUCGGCUUCGCUUGUGUUGUGUGUGUGGCGCCAUCUCAUACACACACUCUUCUUACUAUCUUUGUAAUAUCUGCGGAUACCUUUUACCUUUUCUCUUUCUCUUUCUUUCUCUUACUGUUUUCACUCUUGGCGUUCAGCAUCAACAACGUCUAUGGAAGGCGGCGGCGGUGGGGGGACUAUCUACUGGCAACGGGAAUUUGGAAGGGAAUCAUGUACUACUACUAUCACCUCUACUGAGGAUCAUUCGGGGGUGCGUCGCGGAAUACCCUGGGAUGUUGACGACUCUACUGUUUUUCUGGAUUUUUGGUUGGGAUACGACGGGCAGAGAUAACGAUUGAAAUGUGGGAUUGAGAACUUAUCACCAUCUUGCCCUGUCUGGCAGUCAUAGACAUUACUACAAUGAAACCUAGCAUUUUCUGCUAGUACUACUAC